UGGGUUUUGGAGUUGAACUCCUGGAAAUUAAAUUGUUAUUUCAUUUAAAUUGUGCUUACAAAACAAUUUUAUUAGUGUUAUUAUUUUUGGUUGUGGGUCUUAUCCAUUUUGCCUCAUGGAUAAAGACCCAAUUUUUAUUUUAAAGACAUUUUUUUUCUAGGUGGGUAAUUUGUUAAUAAUUUAAUCACUUCGGUUCUUGAAUCAAUUUUAUGAAAUUCAAACUGGGUUCUAAUUUUGAUCUCGAAAUUGUAUGUUUCUAUGGUUGAUUUCUUUUUCCUUUUCAUUCUUUUUAAUUCUUUUGUUGGGUUAAUAUAAUUCAAUCAUAUUGGUUUCUUGAGAGUAAGUUAAGUGAAACUGAAUCAUGAAAAGAAAGUUUCAAUUCUUAAAGUUUAGUAUUUUGUUAGCAUAAUUCAAUCACAUUGCUAAAAUAAUUUUAAUUAAUUAAUUAAUGUAUUUCUUUGUUGCAGUUUGGCAUUAAGUCUGUGUAUUAUUAUGAUUAGAAUUUUUAUUUUAGAUGCUUUACGGUAAUCUCAAUCUUUUUCACUGUAAAUAAAAAAAAAUGACGAAUUGUGUCGUUGGCUUUUUGUUUCUACAAUCUGAAUUUCCAACGAGCAUAUAUGGCAGAAAAGUCAACCACAUUGGUUUUUGGGAACAAUGUGGGAAGGGAAGAGCUUUGCAGAACUGUUAUUUUUUUUUAUAUCUGUUGAUUUCUUGGCCAAUAUUCUUAGUGUUCUUCGUCCAAAGCAGAUAAUUGGGUGAUUAACUUCGCUUCUAAAUUGCCAUAGCAGAAAAAAAGUCCUGGUAUAGUUCUUUGAAAGGAGAAUCUUGUUGGUGGUUGAGUGAAUGAGAGGGUGAAAGGAAAUGAAUGAGGAGCUUGAGGUUGAAUAUGAGAUACAAUGAAUGGAGGGUCAUUGGGUCUACGUACAGGGAGCUAUGGGUUAUUGCAGAACAUAAAUGGGGCUAUUGCUGGUGGUGGAAUAUCUAAAUCUUUGAGUAACGUACGAAAGAGUUCAACCAAGAUGCUUUCAGUUAUUAGGGAGAAGGAGAGGCCUCUCCCUAAUGCUUGGUACCGUUAUAUAGGUUGUCGGAAGUUUUCCAUGCUGCUUCUCAUUGCCUUUGCCCUUUUGGUCUUUGCCUUGGGUUCUUUUGUAGUUAACAAAGACAGCACUAGUCCAAAUGUUCUUCAACGGAUUGGAACUUUAGGAAUAGUUCCAUAUGUGAAUGGUGGCCAUCAUGAAGCUUCACAGAUCCUUGGAGAGAAGGAUAAGAAGAAAGAUGAAAAUAGAUUUCAGAUUCCUGCUUUUAAAGGUGCAAGUGUUUUGCCAUUUCGCCAUCCAUGCGUGAAUUUCACAUUUCCUCCUCCCCCUCCACCUACUCGUAGACGGCUUGGACCUCGGCCAUGUCCAGUGUGUUAUCUCCCUGUGGAUCAGGCAAUAGCUAGCAUGCCAAGCUCUUCAUCAGCAUCUCCAGUGCUUCAUAAUCUGACAUAUGUUCUUAAUGAAAAUCCUAUCAAAAGUGAACCACAAGGGGGCUCUGACUUUGGUGGAUAUCCAUCUCUAAAGCAAAGAAAUGAUUCAUUUGAUAUAAAAGAGUCAAUGGCAGUGCACUGUGGAUUCAUUAAGGGAAGUAAACCUGGUCAUGGGACUGGAUUUGACUUUGAUGAGUCUGACCUUGCAGAGUUGCAGCAGUUCCAUGACAUCAUUGUUGCAUCUGCCAUAUUUGGGAACUAUGAUGUAAUACAGCAGCCCCAGAACAUUAGUGAAGAAGCAAAGAAAAAUAUCCCUUUCUACAUGUUUGUUGAUGAAGAAACAGAAGCAUUCAUGAAAAAUAGAAGUAUUUUGAGCAGCAGUAAGCGGGUGGGCUUGUGGAGAAUUGUUGUCAUCCACAAUGUUCCUUAUAGUGAUGCAAGACGUAAUGGGAAGGUCCCAAAGCUUUUAUUACAUAGAAUCUUCCCAAAUGUUCGCUACUCAAUAUGGAUAGAUGGAAAGCUACAGCUUGUUGUGGAUCCUUACCAAGUUCUUGAGAGAUUCUUGUGGCGCCAAAAUGCUAAUUUUGCAAUCUCGAGACACUACAGACGAUUUGAUGUCUUUGUGGAGGCUGAAGCAAAUAAAGCUGCAGGAAAAUAUGAUAAUUCCUCGAUUGAUGAGCAGGUGGAUUUUUAUAAAAAAGAGGGUUUAACUCCAUAUUCUGAGGCCAAACUUCCGAUAACCAGCGAUGUUCCCGAAGGUUGUGUACUCAUAAAGGAACAUAUUCCCAUUACAAAUCUGCUUACCUGCCUGUGGUUCAAUGAAGUCAACCGUUUUACAUCCAGGGACCAGUUAAGCUUUGCCAUAGUAAGGGAUAAAAUAAUGACAAAAGUUGAUUGGAGUAUCAAUAUGUUCUUGGAUUGUGAAAGACGCAAUUUUGUCAUACAGUCAUACCAUAGGGAUUUGUUGGAGCAAAUGCCUCCACCUGUUCCUGCUGUGGUUCGACGUCCACCAGCUUUGCCCAACACACGUGGAAAAACUCCUGGGAAGAGGAUUCCUAGACGUGGAAGGGAUAGAAGAUCGGGUUCAAGCCGUCACCGUAAGGCUGCUGCUAGUAAUAGAGAUAGAAAUUUCUUUUAAAUGCUGUUUGAGCCAAAAAGAGAGGAAGGAAUUUAGCUUCGUUCUUUUGUUUUACUUUAACAAAAUCAAAUUGCUUCUAAUUGUCACCAUAGGACUGUUUAGAUACUUUUAGGAUCAUACAAGGAGAACAUUGAUACACAUAUUUUGUCUGAAAUUUUGAUAUCUAAUUCAUAUAUUGUUGUAGAUUCUGAAUGAGCUUCAUACAAGCUGUUGUCAUUCACAUAAAAAGAAUCUUUGUUUAGAUAGAGUUUGUUGAGGUUUAAACAGUAAAAAAUUAUGUGAAGAGACAUGUUUGGUUAGAUGAAAAAUACAGUCUCAACUUUCAGAUAGUCCAUGUGAUUAAUAUAUAUAUAUAAGUUUCCUUUA